AUGAGAGGUAGGGCGAGUGAGCGGGAAGACGGGAAGGCGAGCGGGCGAGACGGUGGGAAGAUGAGCAGGCCAGUGCUGCGGGAGGUGCUCGAGCAGGCUCAGGCGCUCGUCGCGGGGUUCUGGAACGAGCUCGGGCACCUGCGGAAGGACGUCGAGGGUACGGGCGUGUCGGGCAGCUGGUGUGCGACGGGGUCGGGCGUGGUGAGGCGGGAGGGGGAGGCGCAGUUCGCGAUGGGCGCGGAGGUGCAGGCGCUGGGGGGCAAGAAGCGCGGGCCGAAGGGGAUGCUGAGCGAAAGAGUGAAGGGCGUGAAGGGCGUGAUGGAGCAGGCAAAGGAGGGCGUGAAGAAUGGGUUUAGGGGAGGCGAUUGA